AUGGAUGCAAGCGCUGCAAACAGCGGCGCGUCAAGCCUCGAGCAACAGGCCGUCUCUCAGCCCACGACGCCCCAGUGCCCCAGUCAUGAGCCAUCCAUCUCACCGCCCCGGCAUCGCGGUUCGCCACCAGCGGCACCAUCUCAGGGCCACGGGCACGAUCAAUCGAUACUCUCUGCCCCUGAUGGCGCCCUCGCCGACCCGAACUCUGCUGGCCGUGGACCAAAAGACCUUGAGGCAUUGCCAAGUCGAUCCAGACCCCGUCCUCCACCGCCCCAUGUCUUCUCUGAAGAGUGGAUGGAGAGCCUGCCUCUUCUUCACCACUACACGACCAACGUUGCUCUCACACUCUCCCGCGACCCGGCUACUGCGCCGCUGUGGGGAACUUCCCUUCCUCAAGCUGCCUUCUCGCAUCAAUUCUUGAUGCAUGGCCUGCUCGGUGUAUCAGCAUUACAUUAUGCUCAUACCAAUCCCCAGCAAGAGCGCGAGUUCACGUUCGUAUCGUCUCGGUACCAGGAUCUAGCUUUGCAAUACUUUACCACUCAUCUCAAUGACCUCAACGAUCAGAACUUUACGCCAUUCUUCUUCCUGGGCACCCUAAUAUUCCUCCUGGCUACGUGCUCCAUCGCAAAGCCUCAGGAUACCGAGAAGCCUGUUUCUCCGGAGGAAAUAGCUCGGUCCUUCUCCCUUCUUCAGGGUGUCAAGAGCAUCAUAUCUGCUAUGCCGACAUGGAUCCAGAACCAGGACGGACCUCUGGCACCGCUCUUGCAGAUGAUGGAUCCCGUCGAGGAGAAGCAGUUGGGCGGAUUCCAAUCGAGGCUGGAGCGUCUAUCUGCACUAACCAGAGAAACAAGUCCAGCGUCCCUCGAUGCCAUUAAUGUUCGCACUUCUUGCCUGCUCGCCAUUGAGUCACUUCGGACAACUUAUUGCGCGUGCAAGGGCGACCAGUCACUCAGUGGCUCACGGCGCGUGUGGACGUGGCCCAUGACACUUACGCAGUUGUUCAUCGAGCUCAUACAAAUAGCUCACCCUCUCGCACUCAUCAUCCUAGCUCACUAUGCUGCCCUCGUGAGACCCCAUGAGCAUCCAGAUUGGGUCAGUCAUGGGUGGAGCGGCAAUGUCAUGAUAUCAGUAGCAUCUUCAUUGGGCCCUGAAUGGCAUGAAUGGCUUGCUUGGCCACAGAGGUCCUUGCGAGACAACAUUGAUGUCAACGACAUGUCUGAAUAA